AUGAAGUGGUUUGCUUUCAGCAUCAUCUGUGCAGUUUUCCAAAUCAGUUACCAGAAUCCAACGAAGCACUGGACUCUGUUGCCCAACAUUCUGGUUUUGGAGGUGGAUGGCACUUUGGGUGAGCAGAACCUGUUGUGUAUGGAGUCGCCACAGGAGCUUAUUGGGAGUGCCAACCAGAGCCAAGAAAUCUUUUGGAAGAAGAAUGGAAUAGAUCAAGCUCAGAGGGGAAACUCAUAUCGAGUGCAGCUAGAGGAAAGCUUAGGAGGGGGCAACUACACCUGCCACAGUGAGGAUGGAUCUCUUCUCAAUCAUACUAUUGUUCUCAUCAAAGAAGAUAAGAGCAAAAGGCGGAAGAUACUAGUGACAACUGAUGAAGAUUAUCUCAAGUGCACGGCUCAAAAUUACAGCGGCGAGUUCUACUGCUCCUGGACCUGGCACAGCAGCCGCAGUGGCAGAGUAGCAUUUAUCAAAGCUCAUCGUGUUCCUGACAGCAACGCAAAGUGCUCUGUGGAUACCAGCGGCCAGUGGACGUGCUCCUCGGGUCACGGCAACUUCAGCUGUACCUUGAGCGACAACAGGAUCUCCUGCCUGGACAAACAGCAUUGCCCUUACGCCGAGGAGAGCAAGCAGAUCUGCGUCACUGUGUUCGUGUCGAGCCAGCACUUUCUGUUGGAGGAAUAUGUUCAGUGCUUUUACUUGUCAGAGAUAGUGAAACCUGACAAGGUGGAGAUUGCUCAAGUCAACACCACAGUGAUACAGUGGAGUUACCCGAGCUCCUGGAGCAGCCCCUACUCCUACUUCCCUCUCACCUUCCAGAUUGCACAGCUCAAGGAUGGUUGCGAGAGCUGUGACAACCCUUGCAACAACUAUCAAGCUUUGACACUCCACGCUACAGACACUUUUCAGUUCAAAGUGAAGCAAAGGGCUAAGGCCGUGUGCGUCAGAGCAAAAGAUGCUUUCUCUUUCUCACAAUGGAGCGAGUGGAGCCAUAAAAGGCUGAGGAACCACAGGAAGAAGAGGAACAAGCACCUGAACAAACGAGUAUAA